AGCAGUAAGAUUUGUAGGUUUUUUUGAUCCAAACUAUAUUUUCAUUGUAAAUUUCACUUUUCUUGAGGCAAACAGUAAAUUACCUGGCAUGACUGAACACAGAAUGAACAUUAAAACAUUUAUUAAAUAUGUAAUAAACACAAUAACAUACACUGUAGAUCUACUACAGAUCAAAUAUCUCAUGAGAGUGAACAGUGAAAAUAGUCUGAAUGCAUUUUAUUUAAAGUAAUGAGCCUCAUGAAUUGUUUUUAAGAUGCACAUUUUAAUUCUACUUUAUUGAAUAUCCCAGUGUUUGGAACAUAGUUGGCUGCCGCUGAUUUAAGGGUUAGAGGCUGAAAUGUUCAUGUUUGUUAAGAACUAGUAAGUAAUGCAGUGCUGGUUGAUAGGUUGUAGACUUAAAAGCCAUUUAUUUGAGAAUCUUCUGGGUUGCCAGAUUCUGCAGUCCUCAAAUUGUCAGUUUGAACUAGAUAAGGGCUGCAGGACAUCUGGAGCAAAGCCCAUUUAACAGUUUAUUAACAUUUACAGCUGCAGGUUUAUUAUGGCCCCACCUUUUAUUAACUGAUACAGAGAGUUUAAUGUUGACAUGAAAAACUUAAAAUGGUCCAAAAUCAACAAGAACUGAUAGAGUAAAUGUGAAAGGCUGAAGGUAAGUAAAAUUUUUUCAAAGGUCAUUUCUCCUUCAGAUGUUUGAAUAAUGCAGCUAUAAAUGUUGGUAUUUAACUAGAGGUUCACAAGUUCUAAUAAAUAAGUAAUUAAGUAAAGGUUUUGCAUUAUAAUUGUUGGAUUUCUGAAUUUCUAUGGGCAAAAAUUUAUUUAGCUUAAUAAAUUAGGUUGUUUUGCAGUCGCAAAUAGGAUGGAAAGAUAUUUUUUAAAAAGUCACAAGUCAUUUGUUUCUUGCUAAAAUAAUAUUCAAGUGAUUUUGUCUGUAUCAAACAGGUAUGUUUCUUUAUAUCUAAAGACUAUGAUUUAAAGGUCGAAGCAUUUCUGUAGCACAUUUAUCUGAUUACAGCUCCUGUGGUUUUGAUUUUACACUUGGCCGUAUAGCAAUUUAAAUCAUGUUUUAAUGACUGUUCAGCCCUAGUUUUAAAUGCUGAUAACCUGUUCUUAAAUGCUUUUCAUUCCUAGUUUUGUUCUGUUUUUCCACUCUCUAGUGAAUGAAAGAGCUAAAAAAGAAUUGCCAGCAAAGUGUCAGGAUUGUUGCCACAAUCUGGCAACCCCAUAGUUGCUCUAAAUAACCAGUAAAGCCUUAGUGAGUGAUGCGUUAACACUGAUAAAGCCAUGAAAUAGCAGUUGAUAAGCUAGUAAUAGAGUCUUAUCAGAAAGAGAGCCAUGUCUAAAGGCACACUGUGUAAUAUUCAUUCAGCUGCAGCACAGCAUAAUUUGUUGUCUGUAUAUUCUUGUUGUAGCUCUGAUUAUUUCCACUCACUAGUCGUUCAUAACCUCCACAGACGGAUGUGAGCUGGAGCUGCAGUGGGAGCUGCAGUGGGAGCAGCCGUGGUGCGACCGGGUGGUGUGAUCCAGUGACUUUGGUGCCCGUCAGCGAGGUAACUGCGUGUCACUGGAGAGACAAGGUUCAACUUUGCUCUAUAUUUGCUUACAAAACAGCGUUCACCUCCUUGAACGCAGCUACGAGACGGCUGUCAGAUAAGCUCAGGAGAAAGGAGGAUUUUUUGUUUCUUAAUUUAAAAACCAUCAUCUUAACUGAUUUUUACGACUGUACCACUCAUAUUUAUAUAUUUUAUCACCAGCAUCUGCUCUAGUAGGGAAAGUCAGCGUUGCACAAGUUUUGUUCGCCUGCUGAAUAUCAAUUUUAAGGGUCAAAGUCUCAUCUAUGAUCAUAAACCUGCAAGAACUUAUCUGUUUUUAUAAAUAUUUCCCUGACAGGCUUCGUCAUGUAUGUCUGAUAAAAUCUGUCAAUUUGAGAUGAUAAGAAUCUCAUUAAGCUUUCCCUCCCUGCAUUUAUAGGAUCUUUAAGUCCUCAUCCUACUGAGUGUCACUGACUGUCCCCAGUGGAGCUUAGCAACUGGUAUUAUUAUAUCAACAAAGCAGGUCUCUACGAGCUAAUAGUGUGUCACAUUUCAAGUCCUCUUCUUCACCUUGACGAAUCACAACCUUUGGUCAGUUCUGCUGGUGGAUCUUUAACCUCCAUAGCAGGUGGUCCGAGGAUUGUGCAAGGCUCUGGAGCUCUGGAAUAGGCGUGAGCGCAUGAGGGGGAACCUGCUAUGACCUCAUGAAAGUCCCCUACAGGAGGCAACGGUCGAGUACCUGUGCCGGGCAAAGGUUGAUCCAGGUCUGUCCUCCAUCUGACAAGCUCCAGUCCAGUUGAUGCCACUCAGCUCUGCCAUCAGAGAAGUAAAUUCAGGAUAAGUUUCACAGAAAAUUCAGUGACGAACUAAGGUGUUGCAGCCAUGGAUGGUAAUGUUGAAAGCAUUUCUUUCCAGAAGGAACAGACUGAAGAUGUAAAGACUCUCUCUGCUGUUGUCCUCAACGGAAAAGCCAUCACAGCUGACCUCAGUGAGACGCCGGCUGCGGAGGACCAGGAGACUCAUCCUGCCAGUAACGCUGAACCACCGGCCGAGCCUCUCACAUCUCCUGAACCAGAAGCGGGAGCUACUGAAGAGCUUCAACCAGAGGAACCCAAGGCGACUGUCUUGACUGUCAAGACCAGCUUGGCAACAACUUUGGCCCCUGCAGACCAGCAAUGGAGCACCAGGAGAGACAAGGCGGUCAGGCUGAGGAUGGAGGGCUCUGGCCCGGGCUCUGAGACGCCCAUCACCAUCCACCAGUUGUUCCUGGAGACGGUUGAGAAGUGCGAGAAUCAUCCAGCUCUGAUCUACAAAGAAAACGGCCAAGUUAUGACUCUGACCUGGAGGCAGUACUACGAGCAGUGUCGUGCAGCUGCUAAAAGCUUCCUCAAGCUUGGGCUGGAGCGUUACCAUGGAGUGGGGAUUCUGGGAUUUAACUCUCCCGAGUGGUUCAUCUCAGACAUCGGCUGCAUCUUAGCCGGGGGGCUGGGAACUGGUAUUUACACGACCAACUCUCCAGAGGCUUGUCAGUAUGUGGCUGCUAACUGUGAGGCCAACGUCCUGGUUGUGGAGAACCAGAAACAGCUCCAAAAAAUCCUGCAGGUGAAGGAUCACCUGCCUCAUCUGAAAGCCAUCGUCCAGUACAAAGGCGAGCUGCAGCAGAAAGCACCGAACCUGUAUACAUGGGCAGAGUUCAUGAGGCUGGGGGAGGACGUGCCCAAUGAGCAGCUGGAUGCUGUGAUCACCAGUCUUCGGGCCAAUGAAUGCUGCACCCUCAUCUACACCUCUGGAACAACUGGCACCCCGAAAGGAGUCAUGCUGAGCCACGACAAUAUGACGUGGACGGCAACUACGGCAGCUAAGUUGGUGAGCAAAAGUGGUGACAAUGAGGUUCUGAUCAGUUACUUGCCGCUCAGCCACGUGGCGGCCCAGAUGAUCGACAUCUGGGUCUGUAUGAGCUUAGGGGGGACCACCUACUUUGCAGACCCAGAUGCCCUCAAGGGCACCUUAGGAAACACGUUGAAAGAGGCUCGUCCGACUUUUUUCAUGGGGGUUCCUCGUGUGUGGGAGAAGAUGCAGGAAAGGAUGAAGGCUAUGGGUGCCAAGGCAUCCCCGAUGAGGAAGAGAGUGGCGGACUGGGCCAAGUCCAUCGGUCUGCAGUACAACUACAGUGCCAUGACUGGGGAGAAUCUGGUGCCAUGGGGCUUCAUGCUGGCAAACAAUCUGGUCUUCAAGAAGGUGCGUGCUGCUCUGGGCUUAGACCGCUGCAAGAUCUGCUUCACUGGAGCGGCUCCCAUCACCAAAGACACUCUGGAGUACUUCAUGAGUCUGAACAUCCCCGUGAUGGAGCUUUACGGCAUGAGUGAAAGCUCCGGUCCACACACUGUCUCCAUAGACGAGUACAGGAUCACGAGCUGUGGGAAGGUGAUGCCAGGCUGCAAGACAAAGCUGGAGAAUCCGGAUGCGGAUGGGAACGGAGAGAUCUGCUUCUGGGGUCGCCACGUCUUCAUGGGCUACCUGAACAUGCCCGACAAGACAACAGAGGCUCUGGAUGAGGAAGGCUGGCUGCACUCUGGAGACCUGGGAAGACACGAUGAGAACGACUUCCUGUACAUCACGGGAAGGAUCAAAGAGCUGAUCAUCACCGCUGGUGGUGAGAACAUCCCUCCGGUGCCCAUUGAGGAUGCAGUGAAGGCGGAGGUGCCCUUCCUCAGCAACACCAUGCUGCUCGGAGACAAGCUCAAGUUCCUCUCCAUGCUGCUCACGCUCAAAUGCGUCGUGGACGACAACGGCGACCCCACGGACGAGCUGACCGCCGAGGCUUUGGAGUUUUGCAGGCAGAACGGCAUCGCAGCGACCAAGGUGUCUGAGAUUGUAGCCAACAAGGAGCCGGCCUUUUACACAGCCAUCCAGGAGGGGAUUGAGCGAGUCAACGCCAGGUCAACGUCCAACGCUCAGAAGGUCCAGAAGUGGGUUAUCCUGGACCGAGACUUCUCCAUCACUGGAGGAGAACUAGGACCCACGAUGAAACUGAGGAGGCCCAUUGUUGUGAAGAUGUACCAGGACAGAAUAGACGAAAUAUACGCAGCGGCUGCAGGAAAACAGUAAACUGAGAUCACAGAGAGUCGGGAGAAAUGUGGCCAGACAAUAUAAACCUACAAGCGCAAAGGUUUAUAAUGUAAGAGGCAAAGUGUUGAUUCUGACUGUAUUUAAUAGACUAGAAGUUUUUGUUGCUACGUUCAAAUGUCUCAAGGUUUCCCAAGAGCUGCAAAGAAGUCCAAACUGUUGGAUGUACAUAAAGAUUCACAGCACAUGUUGUAAAUAAAACCUCCAAAAUCAGAGCCAAAGCUUGCCAUAUGGAGCAUACAGGUGAACACGCUAUAACUCAAACGUGGCACAUGAACAUGAAGUGGGAAGCACUGGAUGGUAGCUUUUUACAGUUUUUGAAGGAAAUGUUCUAACUCGUAAUCCGCUGUGUUGAGAAAGAUGCUUGAUUAUAACAUAUGUAUUUUUUUGUGAAGCGGCACUAUAUAUUUAAAGACUUUACAGCAGUAAUUGCCAGUUUCCAUGUUGUGAGUUAAUCCCCAUCAGGGGGAGGCUGGAGGUGAAGAAAUAUUUUUAUAAUUAGAGAAGAAUAUCAACAGUCCAAUCAUAAGCAUGUGCAAAUUGUAUAUUAUGCAUUUGAAUAUGUUCUUCUCCGUGUAUAGUUUGGCACAUACUGAAAUAUUUAUUUUGUGAUAGAUAUUCCAUGAAUGUCAAUAAAAAGUGAAUGAUUUUGACAAAUUGAUCAAA